UUGUCUUUGUUAUUAUACAGCUUUCAAAUAAAAUGUGUAAUUCAUUUUUUAAAAAGUACUAAAAAAGAGAGUUUGACUUGCAGACGAAGGCGGCUGCCGCGCACUGCAUCCACCCCUCCUGCAACCCCGCAAGCCGGUGCGCCCAGCCCGCCUGCCCGACCCCGCCGCCUGCGUUCGUUCGCCUGAGGAAGCCAGCCGAGAGUUUACUGAUGCACCCAUUCCAGUGGUGUAAUGGGUGUUUCUGCAGCCUGGGACUGGUGAGCACCAACAAGUCCUGCUCGAUGCCACCCAUCAGUUUCCAAGACCUUCCCCUCAACAUCUACAUGGUCACCUUCGGCACAGGCAUCUUUGUCUUCAUGCUCAGCCUCAUCUUCUGCUGCUAUUUUAUCAGCAAACUCUGGAACCAGGCACAGAGCAAACGAUAUGGAUAUAAAGUGGUGGUGCUUAAAGGUGAUGCCAAGAAGUUACAAUUAUAUGGGCAGACCUGUGCAGUCUGUCUGGAAGACUUCAAGGGGAAGGAUGAGCAAGGUGUGCUCUCAUGCCAACACGCCAUUCACCGCAAGUGUCUGGUGAAGUGGCUGGAAGUACGCUGUGUCUGCCCCAUGUGUAACAAGCCCAUUGCUGGUCCCUUAGAGGCCACCCAGAGCAUCGGGAUCCUAUUGGAUGAGUUGGUGUGAGUGCUGCCUCCAUA